CCUCAGCCUGGCAGGAUCCCACCAGCAGAGCAUGCAAUCAGGGAGCAGCAGCAGCAGGGAAGAUGCAGAAGUCUAGUCAGAAAGAGCAUCUCUACAAGCUACUGGUGAUUGGGGACCUCGGUGUAGGCAAAACCAGCAUCAUCAAGCGCUACGUCCACCAGAACUUCUCUCCCCACUACCGGGCCACCAUUGGGGUGGACUUUGCCCUGAAGGUGCUCAACUGGGAUGCUGAGACAGUGGUGCGGCUGCAGCUCUGGGAUAUUGCUGGUCAGGAAAGAUUUGGAAACAUGACAAGGGUCUAUUACAGAGAAGCCAUGGGAGCGUUUAUUGUCUUUGACGUUACAAGACCAGCGACAUUUGAAGCGGUGACAAAAUGGAAAGAGGAUCUGGACUCUAAACUGAUUCUCCCAAAUGGCAAACCCGUGGCGACAGUUCUCUUAGCAAACAAAUGCGACCAGGGAAAAGAUGUGCUUAUGAACAACGGUCUCAAGAUGGAACAGUUCUGCAAGGAAAAUGGGUUUGUGGGAUGGUUUGAAACAUCAGCUAAGGAAAACAUAAAUAUAGACGAAGCUUCCAGAUGCCUGGUGAAACACAUAAUUGCUAGUGAGAGCGAUCUAAUGCAGCCCAUUGAACCAGAUAUUAUAAAACCACACCUGAAUUCUUCUAAUAUUGUCAGUUGCUCAGCUUGCUUUAAAUCCUAAGGGACUCCCAGACUAUUCCUGGAUACUAGAGCUGAGCAAAUAGUUAACGAUGAAUAAUUUAUCCAAAACACCUGUUUUUCUGCUCACAGAAUAUCCAUGAGCAGACUGCAAUUUUCUCAAAUGUAUAUGUUAUUUAAAAUUAUUCAAUGAUUUUUUGGCUCUUUGGCUUGACUGUGAAUAGUUCACUUUAAUAGUAACCAUACAAAUUGUCUUGGUUAGUUACGAUUGGUCAGAUAAGUCACAUGGUGGUGUUCCUAAUCCCUGAUUAAAUGAGUGAACAAGAAAUGCUCAGGCGAGUGAUUUUAAAAUUUGGUUAGGACAUAAAAAUGGCUAUACUGGGUAAGACCAAUGGUCCAUCUAGCCUAGUAUCCUGUCUUCUGACAAUGGCCAGUGCCAGACGCUUCAAAGAAAAUCAACAGAACAGGGAAAUUUCAAGUGAUCCAUCCCCUGUCAUCUACUCCCAGUUUCUGGCAGUCAGAGGUUUAGGGAUACUCAGAACAUGGGGUUGCAUCCCUGACCAUCUUUGUUAAUAGCCACUGGUGGACCUAUCCUCCAUGAAUUUACCUAAUUCUUUUUUGAACCCCGCUAUAAUUUUGGCCUUCACAAAUUUCCCUGGAAAUGAGUUCCACGGGUUGACUGUGCACUGUGUGAAGUACUUCUUUAUGUUUGUUUUAAAUCUGUUGCCUAUUAAUUUUAUUGGGUGACCCCUGGUUCUUGUGUUAUGGGAGGGGAUAAAUCACACUUCCCUGUUCACUUUUUCCACACCAUUCAUGGUUUUAUAGACCUCUGUCAUAUCCCCCCAUAGCUGUCUUUUUUCUAAGUUGAACAGUCCCAGUCUUUUAAUUUCUUCUUGGUUAUUGCAAGUUCUUACUCAUACGACUUGGAAAUUUGCUUUCUAACCAUAUUUUUCCAGUAAAACUCAAAUGCAUGAAUGUUGACAGAAAGUAAAAACAAGAGGGUGCUGGAGUGAAUAUUCAUAGGAUGGUUUUUGCAGUAUUUACCUAGCUCUUUUGGGUACCUAUUAUGAACCCCACAAUAACACAUGAAAUCUGAAUUGUGGCAGUGCGGUCCAGUAAAUAGCGCAUGGAUUCUAUUCCAGUCCUGCCACUGACCUUCUGUGUGUCCUUGGGGAAAUCACUUCUGUUUCCCAUCCAACUCUUUGCUUGUCUUAUCUUUUGGGGUAGUAAGCUCUUUGGGGCAAGGACUGUCUCUGACAAUGUGUUUGUACAGUGCCUAGCACAAUGGGGUCCCAAUUUCAGUUAGACACUACUGAGCCAGUUAGACACUACUGUAAUAUAAAUAAGAAUAAUUCAACUGAAUGCCAAGGUGGAGGUGAAUGGGUCGGACACACAGAGGCCUGUGCUUAGGUCUUGUAUGGGGCAAAACAAAGUGUCCUUAAAUUAUGAACGAAUAUUGAGUCAACAGGUCUUACAUUUUGGUCUGUGACUGAGCCAUCUCUUAUUACUCUGUAUGAACUGCAGAAUAGAUCCAGGGACGGAGCUGCGACCAAUGACAGCUUGCUGGUAAUUUGGUUUAAAGCCUCAGAUUGUAAAUAUAUUUCUGUCACAGUAUUUUAGAGUAAGAAACAAGGUGACAGUCACAGCUUUUUAAAACAAAAAAAUGCCAGUCUUGCUUGUACCUGUGCUGUGUGUAUGUAGGGACAGGUGUCGUGCACAUCGAAGUGCUGAAUUCAAAUCCAACCUCCGACACAGGCUCCUGCUGUGGCCUGGGUCCAGUCACUUAAACUUUCUUCCCCAGCUUCCCCAUCUGUAAAAUAGAGUUAAUAGAAUUUGCCUACCUCACAGGGCUUUUGCGCAGGUUAUCGUCUGCAUAGCGCUUUGGAGAUUAAAACAGCUGUAUAAGUUUUAAGCAUUAUUAGUGUGAAGCAUGAUGGCUACUACCCUAUUGCAUAACUACAUGGCUCUCUGAUGUCUUAGAUUGUAAAUAAAACUAGGGCUUGUUUUCACUGCAACAGCUGGCUCGAGUUACUCCACUCCAGCUCUUCUAGCUUGAGCGACAAUGGCCACACUGCGAAAUAACAAGCUACACGCUGAUUGGAUUAGCAGCUGAUGAGUUGUGCUCCCUCAGGCUGUGGCCUGUGGCUGCAUCCCCACUGCAUUACUAGCUUGAGCAUCAGCAGCACUCAAGCUUCAACCUACAUCUGACAGGCCAGCUAGCCUGAGCUUAGAGCACUGCUACACUACACCUAGAGGUUUCUGUAUGUGAACAGGAGUCAGGUAAUCAUCACUCAAGUUAUACCUUGAGUUAAUGCAGUGAAGACAAGCCCCCUAGACACUCAGGUCCAGACUCCCUGGGACUAGGGUGCCUAAAUACUUUGAGCCUCAGUGCUUUAGGUAUGGAACUAGAUGUCUCAAUGGGACCAGAGACGCCUGAUGUCUUGCUUUUCCAGAAACUAAUAUUUAUGAGAUUGUUGAGCUAAACUGUGUUGUAACUUGGUCUUGAAGGUACCAGUGUGCCCUAGCUGUCCUCGUCUUCACUUGUCCACAGCAGAUUCCAAUCAGUGUUCCUGCAACAGAAAUGUAACCUCCUCCCAGAAGUGCCUGUGGGAGAGCUUUGCCUGACCAAAGAGUUAGACAUAAUAUUUCCUUCUUAAAAAGAAACAAAAAUAAAACAUUGAAAAACUAGUUUCUUUCCCGUAACUUACUGUAUUAAUGUCUGGUAAGCUCCCCACCUCCCAUCCUUAGUUCUACUGUGUGCUUUUUGAUCAAUCAAAGAUUGGGGCCUGACUUUCUAUUUAGGACAGAUACAGGUCCAUUACCUCACCUAUCAGGGCCAAAUUCUGCCAUAACUCUCUAUAGAUUGCAUGUAAGUCAGUGCUGUGGUCGUAAGUAAUUUCUCUUUGUCAUGCUGAAUAAAACACUGCAGUGCAGUGAAGAAUCAGGCCCCUUUAAGGUCUGUAAGGAUAAAAUCAUUCCAGAUUUUUUUCCUGAUGGCUGUGCCCUGUUUUUAUUUUACUUAGAUGAUGAGUAACUGCUAGGACACUUGCAAUAAAACAAGAAAUGCACAAAUACCACCAGGGUAAACAGAGAUGCUGCAUGCUGAGAAGAUGUAAGCACUCCAGAGAAAAUGCUCUGUAAUUUAUCAUGAAUGUGACCACGUUGUGACUAGAUCAUUUCAGGAUUGAGUAUGAAAUUUAGUUUAUUGUUUAAAUCACUGACUGGAUGGGAUUUCCUUGUGUGUUACUGAUACAUUUGGUAUUAUCUUGUCCUCUCUAGUAUUGGGGAGUGAGCUUUUGAAUUCCAUGGGCAUUGUGAGGCAAAAAGGCUUUCACUCUGGACUUCUGGCAUGCCCUUGCCCUGCCAUAAGAAAUUAUGGGUGGGCAUGAUUCUCCACUGCCUUGCACAUUGUGUAGUUAUUGGCAUCUGUGCAAAGCGUGGUUAAAAUGAUAACAGAUUAGAAUACGCCACUUGCACCGCACGGUUAGCUUUUGACAGUAUCUUUGCACAAGUACAAAUGAGCAUACAAGUUGCUAGACAGUGGCGAAUCAGGCUUGAAAUCUCUUGAUAAAGAGACAUUUCUCUUUAUUCAGAAUUUUGGGACCAUUUUGAUGUUUUAGUGCCAGACUUUGCAAGUUUCCCCCAGCCAAAAGUGGUAAUGUCAUUUUGCAUUUUUAUGUUGCUUUAUAUCUGUGGAGUUCUGUAUAACCGCGAUCUAACUGAUUCCUACACACGCAUGGAGAAGCACUUAAGUAUCAUUAACACCACUUUUCAGAGGAGGAAAUGUACACACCGAGGGGCAAAUUUGGCUCUCUUACACCUGUCUGACUCCAGUGAAUUGGUGGGGUAAACUCCCAUGGGAGCAUCAGGCAUUUGGCCCCUCUUAAAAUCAGGCUUCAUUCUUCUUAUGCAUUAUGAUUGCAGAGAACAAAGUUGUCCUUAACUUUUGCAAUCAGAAAUCAGCUUAUUCCCAACAAUACAUGGUUUGCCCAUCACAUCCUUCAUGUACAUAUCCUCAAUUGACUGGACAGCUGAUAUUUUCUUUCUGGAGCCCGUUGCUUUUGGUUUAAAUCUACAUAUAAUUAGACCUCUUUUUUUGGCCGUAGCUUGGUUGCCCACAGGUUUUUAUAGAAACUUGUCCAUCUGAAUUAAAUGGAAAUGGCAAAUAUAUUUUAAUGCAGGGAAAUGCAAUUUAUGUCAAUUGCUGGGAAACAGUUAAUACAAAUACAUUUAGUGCACCUGCAUUUAAGUAUAUGACAGAAGGUUCUUCUGGUAAUAAUAAUAAAAACCAUUUCUGG